CUGAUAAGGACAAAUAAAAUUUAAGAAAAAAAUAAAAUUAAUUGAAUUAAAAAUUAUUUAAUAGUUCCUUAUUAUAGAUAGAGUUUUUGUGACAAAUAAUUUUGACGUUGUCUAUUUUUGUAUUUUUAAAAUAUAUAUUUGGCUUGACCCUUUGACAAUUUGCCAAGUUAACAAACUCAACCACAAGUAAAAUUAUUUUACUUAGAAAAAAAUUUAUAUAUUAUUAUUUUUUUAUAAUUUUUUUUUUUAUUAAACGUUAUUUUAAUUAUUCAUCAUCAAGUAUGAAAGUGACUACUUGAUGUGUUAAAUAUUUUGUUAAAUUAUUAUUGUAGUUAUUUAAUUGAAAAAUGUAAGUGUAUUUGUAUGGUUUUAUUAUUUUUAAAUUCAAGUCAUCAUCUAGAAACCUUAGGUGUGUUUGUUCUAUUUUUUUUUUAUAAAUUUAAUUUAAUAAAAUUUAAAUUACUAAUAGUUUUAACAUAAAAAUAAUACAAAAUAAUAUUUCUAAAACUAUCUUUUAUUAUUAUAAAUAAUUAUUAUUUAUUAAUAUAAUGGAUUUUUAUGAAUUUCAUGAUAAACUUUGCUUUCUAACGAACAUUUGCUUUGUGUUACGUCAACUAUGAUGACCUUGGAGGGCAAUUGAGUGAAAAUAACUGCAAAAUGUAUAUUAAAAUUCGAUUUAAGAAUGGCUGCAUCAACAAUUGCCUUAAUUGUAUCAACAUUUUAUAUUCUAUUAACAAGUUUAAUAGCAUAUUGGUCAAGAAAAUAUGUAAAUUAUUAUACACAACGUCCUUUUUUGAGAUCCCUAUUUCUUGAAGGCAUUGCAACUGCUGAAUUAUGUGGUGCCUGUUUUGAACUCAUCAUCAUUGCAGAUAAUUGGGGUGUAUCAAUGUAUGCAAUUUACUUAUUUUUAUUGACAAUUUGGUGGUCAAUUAAUUGGGAAGAUGCAACAGCUUGUCCAUAUACACAUUUGGAAGAUUUUAUUGAAGGAAAAAAAUCAAUAAGAGAUGCAUUUUUAUUAAUUUGGGCACAACUUGUUGGUGGUCUUGCUAUUUUUAGAUACAUACAAAUACUUUGGGCACUUGAAAUUGUACAGACACAUAAAAAUCGUGCCUUUGAUGAUUGUACAACUGAUCUACAGGUACCUGUUAUUGUUGGUGCAUUUAUUGAAUGCAUUGCAACUUGCUUAUGCAGAAUUGCAUCACGUGCUAUUGGUGAAAUGAAUUCAAGAUUUGGAAGUGUACUUGAUUCAUUUAUUGGAACUUCACUAGUUGUUUUGGCUUUUAAUUAUUCUGGUGGAUAUUUUAAUCCUGCAUUGGCAACAUCAUUGAAAUAUGGUUGUCUUGGAACAACAUUUAUGGAACAUGUUAUUGUUUAUUGGGUUGGUGCUUGUGCUGGAUCAAUAGCAUCAAUACGACUUUACAAAACUCCAGUUGUACAAAAAUUCAUUGGCAAACAACAAAAAUCACAAUAAUUUUUAAAUAUAUAUUUUUUUUUUGUUUUAUUUGUUAUGUAAAAUUUGUUUGAAUGCACAUAAACAAUUUUGUUUGAUACCAAUUUUAGUGUUUAAAUUAUUUUUAAAAAGAGUUAAAUAAAAAAGAAGCUAAGCCAAUACAAAGUCGAUUAAUUUUGUUGUCAACAUCAUUUGUAAAUAAGACAAUUUAAUUAAAAUAAUAAUAAAGUGUGUUAAUAUUAUAUUAAUAUUAUCUUGAUAAUUGUAAAUUUUAUUAUUUAAUUAUUAAUUGUAUUGGGAAUGUUUGAUGAAAAAUUAUUUGAAAGUACAGACAAAAGUAAUAAGUACAAAAUGUAUCAUAUUAAAUCAAUGGAAAAUCAAUACCAAUAUGUCAAAAUAAUUUAAAUUUAGAAUUAGAAUUAUUGAAUAAAAUUAAAAAGCAAGUCAAUUAGAAAAUUAGGAUGUAUCAACUUUUUUAAAUUCAAAUAAUAUAAACUCUUCGUUAUA